AAGUUGUCGACCCUAAAAAUUCAAACCAAUUUCGACUGAUAUCGAUCCUAUUCUUGUCUGAUUGAGGUGGUAAAAGGAUAAAAAAGGCCACCCUCCGAAGCGAAACCUCAACGUUCUUGAGGAGAUCUUUAACUGAGAUGCGAGUUGAGAAACAAAAAUGGUAUUCACAGUUUACAUAGAAUCAGUAAGAGAUCUGUAGCGAGAAAAAAUAAUGGUUUACAACCGACGCAAUUCCCAUCUCAGAAACCCCUUAAUCUGUAAUAGAAAGCCCUCGUUUUUAUCAAUCUCGGCCUACGUCAUUAUUCUUUUUGCUUUAUCAAUCUUCGUUUUCAUAUUAUCCAGCAAGGAUAUAUUGGAAGAUGAACAGAAAAAGCCUAUACCUUUGUUAGAUAAAUUCAAACCUGAACAGCUGGGAGAUGAUAAACUUUGGGAAGCUUCUUCUAGUCAUGGUUUACACCCAUGUGCCAAGCCAACCUCUAAAUAUAAAGCGGGCCAAGUUUGGGAUCGCUAUAUAACUGUCAGAAGUAAUGGGGGAUUAAAUCAAAUGCGCACCGGUAUAGCUGAUAUGGUGGCCGUGGCACGUAUAAUGAAUGCUACAUUAGUAAUUCCUCAGUUGGACAAGCGUUCAUUCUGGCAGGAUACAAGUACGUUUUCUGAUAUAUUCGAUGAACUUCAUUUCAUUAAAACUUUACAACAAGAUGUGAGGAUCAUGAAGGAGCUUCCAAAAGAACUAGAAAAUGUUCCUCGAAUCAGGAAACACUUCACUUCAUGGUCUGGUAUGAGCUACUAUGAGGAAAUGACGCAUCUCUGGAAGGAUCAUCAGGCAAGUUAUUCUAUCAUCUUCCAAAAGAACUAGAAAAUGUUCCUCGAAUCAGGACCUGUCGAUAUACAAAGGUUGAGAUGUCGUGCCCUCUAUAAUGCUCUGCACUUCUCUCCAUCUAUAAAUAGGCUGGGAAAGAAGCUAGUGGAGAGGUUGAGAUCACGUGCAGAAAGAUACAUUGCGCUUCAUCUAAGAUACGAGAAAGACAUGCUCUCUUUUACUGGCUGUACUUAUGGUCUUACUGAUGCUGAAUCAGAGGAGCUUAGAAUUAUGAGGGAGAAAACAAAUCACUGGAAGAUCAAGAAUAUCAACUCCACAGAACAGAGAAUUGGUGGUUCCUGCCCUCUAACUCCAAAGGAGGUUGGAGUUUUUCUUCAAGCUCUUGGUUAUCCACCAUCUACCUUGAUAUAUAUUGCUGCUGGGGAAAUUUAUGGUGGUAAUGCUCAUCUUUCAGAGCUCACUUCUCGCUAUCCAAAUGUAGUUUUCAAGGAAAUGCUUGCAAUUGCUGAAGAAUUGAAUCCGUUUUCUAAGCAUGCAUCUCAAACUGCGGCACUUGAUUAUAUUAUCUCCAUAGAAAGUGAUGUUUUCAUUCCAUCACAUUCAGGUAAUAUGGCAAGAGCUGUUGAAGGGCAUCGCCGAUUCUUAGGGCAUCGGAGAACAAUCACUCCAGACAGGAAAGGUCUAGUAGAAUUAUUUGACAGAUUGGAAGCUGGAGAGCUUCGAGAAAGUUCUUUGUCUUAUCAUGUGAGGAAAUUGCACAAAAACAGGCAAGGUGCACCGCGAAAAAGAGAAGGUGCCCCACCAGGGAUAAAGGGUCGAGCACGAUUCAAGCUGGAGGAAUCUUUUUAUCAGAACCCAUACCCGGAGUUCCGUGAUAUGUCAAAUCGGAUUGACUGA